UCAAAUGGUUUGUAUCUGUUCGACUCGACUCACUAGUGGGAGCGCGGAGCACUUCCUGUCCCCACUAUCCCCAAGUGCGCAUCACAUCGCCUCUCUCUUUUUCUCUACACACUUUUCAAAUACUGUUGUAACAGUACACUGUUACAAAAGACAUCUCACUCUUCUUCAGUUAUUCUUUUUUUUCUUUAAUGAUCCACUUUGGUCGAAAGGAGAUCUGGAAAAGAACUGAUUGAACUGUGCAGUGCGCGCGUCCGCCGCUGUCAUCACUUAAACCAAGAAAGGGAUUUAGGAUACAAACCGAAGACAAGCAUACACAAUGAGGACAUCGCUUUUCUUCUUCAUCCUAAUGAUGUGGCCGUGUGAUUGUUUGCGUUUUGUUUGUCCGGAGAUGUGCCGGUGCUCCAGUAAAACCAUCAGCUGCAACAGCGCGACUGAAGCCACGGCGCAGAAGCAGCGCGGCGCGUUCAGCAGACUUGUUCUGAAUUAUAUCCACUGGAGGACGAUUCCCAGUUUCAGCUUUGAUGGACUGCGAGGUGUCAAAAGAAUAGAAAUUGCUCAAAGUGUCACACUGGAAACCAUAGAGACCCAGGCCUUCAACAACCUCUUCAAUCUCUCAGAAAUAUCCAUCCAAAACACACGGAGUCUGGUUCAUAUCCACCAGCGGGCCUUUAACAAUCUCCCCAAGCUGAGAUACCUGAGCAUCUCCAACACCGGGAUAGUUGUGUUUCCCGACUUGUCAGCCAUCGUGUCUCUUGAAGCAGAUUUCAUGCUCGAUAUCUGUGACAAUCUCCACUUGCAGUCAAUCCCAUCAAAUGCCUUCAUUGGAAUGACAACUGAAGACACAACAAUGAAUCUGUAUAACAAUGGCUUCAGGGAAAUACACAAGCAUGCCUUCAAUGGGACAAAAAUAGAUAAACUAACCUUGAAGAAUAACCGCAAGCUCCAAAUAAUCCACAGGGAUGCUUUUGUAGGAGCUUUUGGCCCAGCUGUAUUAGAUGUGUCCUCCACUGCUCUGGAGACGUUGCCAUCUCAUGGCCUGCAGUCUGUGUUGAUGCUGGUAGCUCGCUCAGCAUUUUUGCUAAAGAGAUUGCCUCCUUUAAACAGUUUGGAGAGCUUAAGAGAAGCUCAUCUCACCUACCCGAGCCAUUGCUGCGCUUUACUCAGCUGGGACACACACAGAGAGUCUCCGUCUUCAGCACAGAGAAAUGGAUCUUCAUACUGUGAACACCAGAGUCCGUUAGAUACGGGCUCUGAAAAAGAGGCUUUCUAUCCUGACCUGCUGGAUCCACUAUCUGAAGCCAGUUUUGGCAAUGUGGACUUUGAGUACCCGGAUUUUUGUCAAACCAGACCAGCCCUCCAGUGCAGCCCAGAGGCAGAUGCCUUCAACCCAUGUGAGGAUAUUGCUGGGUUCGGGUUCCUCCGUGUAGCCAUCUGGUUCAUCAACAUCCUGGCAAUUGCUGGCAACCUGACAGUUCUUCUUGUGUUAUUUGCCAGCCGCUGUAAACUCACUGUGCCACGCUUCCUCAUGUGUCACCUGGCCUUUGCCGACUUCUGCAUUGGUGUGUACCUCCUCAUGAUUGCCAUCGUGGACCUGCGGACACGCGGCUACUAUAGCCAGCAUGCUAUCGAAUGGCAGACAGGAGUGGGCUGUAACAUUGCAGGUUUCCUUUCUGUCUUUGGCGGAGAACUGUCCAUCUACACACUGUCUACGAUCACCAUAGAACGUUGGUACACCAUCACCCAUGCCAUGCAGCUGGAGCGCCGACUUGCUCUGCCCCAUGCUGCUGCAAUAAUGGCUGCAGGCUGGCUGCUCUGCCUGGGCAUGGCACUACUUCCAAUCGUUGGCAUAAGCAGUUACAGCAAGGUCAGCAUGUGUCUUCCCAUGGACAUUGAAACACCUCUAGCCCAGGCUUAUGUUAUUCUUCUGCUGCUUUUCAAUGUUGUGGCUUUUCUAGUUAUUUGUGGUUGCUAUAUGCGGAUCUACAUGGUUGUGCGCCACCCCGAAGUGCCUGGGCGUGCUGCCGAUGCCAAAAUAGCCAAACGAAUGGCCGUGCUUAUCUUUACGGACUUUCUUUGCAUGGCACCAAUCUCUUUCUUUGCCAUCUCGGCUGCCUUUAAGGUGCCCCUCAUUACAGUCACCAACUCCAAGAUCCUGCUGGUGCUCUUCUAUCCGAUCAACUCCUGUGCCAACCCGUUCCUCUAUGCCAUCUUCACCAAGGCCUUCAGGAAAGACACCUGCAUUCUGCUAAGCUCCAUGGGCUGCUGUGAGAGCAAAGCCAACAUGUACCGCAUGAAGACCUACUGCUCUGAAAACACUGCAAAAAUGAUGAGUUCCUCAGUCACAAAGGGACCUCACACUACCAUGUGGUUGUCCAGCUUUCCUCAUCAAAAGUGCCAGCUACAGAUAGACGGGUUACAGAAAGAUAGCUGUGGAGAACAGCUCACAUAACGCAUAUGGGCUGCUGGGCUGAGAGCUCUCAUCUUUUUUUCCCUCACUGUGCAUGUUGUAUGGUGUAUUAUGUAAGCCUUGUUCCUUCAAAGUAUUUUCAAAUUUGAUUCUCACUCAGGUUGGAGAAGAGAGUCAAUCUGUUAGAGGGAAUUUGUGACUGUUAUUUUAUCUCACAUAAAGAGGUUUCUUUUUUCUGAAUUGAUUCUGAAUUUAUUCAUACCCUUGACAGUGAGGUAGACAAUAGAGGCUGAUAGACUCGGACAGCCUAGAUUAGUAAAGAAAAAGGAAGAAACUGAUUUGUCCUCAUCUCAAUUCGUCCUUUCCAUCCAUUUUACACUUUUUUUUUUUUACCUGUGAAGUGAUCAUCGCCUAGUUCUCAGAUAUAAGUAGGAACAUCACAGACUGGACUUAGAGCACCCUGAGUAGAUCCUUUCCCUCUAUCCUUAAUGUUCUUCAUAAAUUGGUUGUUGUUGUUUGUGUCAAACAAAUUAGGUUUCAUAAUAUUUAUUGUUUAUUACCGUGAAGUUGCCCGCAUCUCAAGGAUGUCAUCUUAUCUCUUAGAGAACAAGAUAGUCUACAUCAUCGUCAAAGAGGUCAGAGGGAAAUGACUGCGUGUUCUGCAGCUAACCUUGUUUUAUGAACAUUAGGACAGCUUUAUGAUUCGAACGUGGUGAGUGUGCGAUGAACAGUUUCCUAGGAGAAAUUGCGACAUACUGCGGACAAUAAAUGAACUCCGUUUUAUGGAAAGAACAGAUAGUCACACUUAAGUUGCUAAAAAAUUGAGCUUGAUCUGACCGGCUACCAUGACAGAGGCUGGGCUGAUGCAUCUGGUAAGAUGUUAAGUUUUCUCUUUUCUUAAUACUUGUAUGAAUUGAUUUCCUUUCUUGCUAUUCUUAAAAAUAACUUCACAAUGUAGCAUCAGUCGCAUUUACCAAGUGCCAAAAGAGUCUACCAGCUUGACCAUCUCAGCCUCGGUUUCCUGAUAGCUGGUCAGACUUUUUUUUUAUGUCACAUAUUUGGCAGAGUAUUUUAUUUGAGCAACAUAUAAAUGAAUCAGUUCAUUCAAAUUAACACAAAUUUCACACAAUACUGUUUUGAAUAACUAACCUUCUGAGAUUUCCUGACAGUCUGAUCACAUCCAGAUAUUCUCAAAUAUUUUCCUCUUGCCAAUUUGUUACAAAAUCAAGGUCAUUUUGAACGCGGUUAGUAUUUUAAUAACAAUGUUAGAUGUUCUGGUUCCAGACACUCUGUGUAAAUGUAAUUAACAGCAUGCUCCUGAAAAGACACACUACAUAAUAUUGUCUGUUUGACAUAACUGAAAGGAUGUAAGGUUACAACAUAUGGUUGUUGACGAACUGACAGCUUUAUCGUCUUGUUCCAAAAUCAAGGUCAGCUUGGCCUGGUCACUAUUUUGAUACAUGCCAAAGUGCAUAGCAAUAAUAAUUUCUUGAUUGUAUCAUGCAGGACACCAGUUUAGAUGCUUUCUGUCUUCUCCACUUAUUUAUUCACAUAUGUCAUUUUCUGUUAUUUGUUACUGGUCUAGAGCUACCACAAAACUAUAUGGAAAAUAAAGUUGAACAGUAAACAGGGAAGUAGCUUUAACAGUUCUGUCAGGUUUUCUUUAUCCUCAUUGUGUCUCAGCAUCUCAACCACUGGACCUCUGAGUUUGCUGUUUUUAGUAUUUUUAUAUAUAUAUAGAUGUCUUGUUUGUUUAAAGAUGAUUAGAAAAUAUUUGUGGACGUUAUAUAUAUUGUGAGGAUUCAUUAUCUUGACUCUUGUAGGAUUUUCCAUUCAGAAUAAAAACUAUAAUCCUUAACCUUUAAAAAUAAGCAAAUUUUGUGGACUCAUUUAUUAUAGUUUAUUUUACAUGUCUGUUAAAGAAAGACUGUGUAUGGAA